AUGGUGCUACUGAAAGCAGUGUUGGCAGCGAUGCCCACCUACGCUAUAACUUGCUUUAAGCUCCCCAAAUCCUUGGGUAAACAGAUCCAAUCAGUACUAACAAGGUUCUGGAGGGAUGUCAAACCAGAACUUAGGAAAAUGGCUUGGGUUUCAUGGGACAAACUAACGCUUCCUAAGAGGUCUGGUGGUCUCGGGUUCAAGGAGAUAGAGACGUUCAAUGAUGCUCUCCUUGCUAAAAUAACAUGGCGACUACUGAAGCAUCCUGACUCCCUUCUCGGACAAACCCUGCUGAACAAAUACUGUAUGGAUGCAGAUAUCCUUAACUGCACUAUUGCAAAGUCAUCCUCCCACGGGUGGCGAGGAAUCAUGGCAGGGCGUGAAGUGCUCAGACAGGGUUUGGGAUGGAUAGUAGGCAAUGGAGAUAGCAUCAAGCACUUAAAGGUCAGCGAUCUGAUCAAUCCGAGCACAGCAGACUGGGACAUCCAGAAGAUACGACUUCGCCUGCCUCAUUAUGAGGAAACCAUUAGGAAAAUCAUCCCAAGCUCCUUUGGAUCAAAUGAUGAACUGAUGUGGCUACCAGAGAAGACAGGAACCUAUAGCUCUAAAUCCGGCUAUGCACUCUCUAAAGUCUACCAGUCAAAUAUAGAUGAAAGCUUCAACUGGAGUAGUUGCAUCUGGAACUUGCGGUGGGCUCGACUCUGCUCAAGAGGGGAAUUCAGGUUGAUGGUACCUGCAAGAGAACAAGAAACAACUAUUCAUCUUUUUACUCAAUGUGCUUUCGCUAAGAAGGUAUGGGAGUUGGUUCCAUCUUUAUUUACACCUGCAGUGAGAACUUGUGCUUCUAUCACCGAACUCCUCAGGCUGUGCACAAGACUAGUCAAUCUCCCCCCAUCUGGUAUAUCAGUACCUCUUUACCCUUGGAUACUAUGGCUGCUUUGGACAAACAGAAACAAGCUCUUGUUUGAGGAUAAGUCUUUCAAUGAAUCAGAAUUGGUUACUAGAGCCCUGGUGCUAGCAAGAGAAUGGCAAAGUACCUCUCUACCAGCAGGGUCACAAUCUGAUUCACCUAAAGACUCCUCGCAUAAACCCUUUGUCCUACCCUCGGGUUUCGAAGAAGCAAGCUCUGAUACCAUCCAUUAUUAUGUGGAUGCAGCUUGGAAUAGUGGCUCUGCUGCAGGGGGUUUUGGCUGGAUUUGCUACGACCAUGCUGGUCUCACCCUUCGUCAGGGUACUUCAUCUCGCCGGUAUGUAGCUUCGGCCUUGGUUGCCGAAGCGUUGGCGUUAAAAUCAGCACUCUCUGAUGCUGUCAAUGCAGGUGUUAAAGACUUGAUCUGUUUUUCAGACUCUAAAAGUCUAGUCGCACUGCUCUCAGGAAAGUCAUCUGUGACUGAACUCCAAAGAAUCAUCAGUGAUAUAUCCUUGUUGAGCCUAUCUUUAUGGUCUGUUACUUUUAAAUUUGUUCCACGCUCUUGUAAUAUGGCUACUGAUAGCCUAGCGAAAAACGCUCUGUAUGUUGCGUCAAACUCCCUUGAGGAGGAUGACUAA